AUGAAUCCCGAUAAUUACCUCCCCGCCGCCACCGCCGCGCCCGCCGCCGCCGCGCCCGCCACCCCGCCCGCCACCGCCGCGCCCGCCGCCGCCGCCGCCGCCGCCGCUGCGCCCACACUCGCUCGGUCCUCCCGCCUGCUCGCUCCUCUUGCCCGCCGCCAGCACGCCGAACGCGGCCCGGACGCACACCAGUUCGGUUCGAUUACUACAGCCAGUCUAGGAUGCAAGGCGCUAGAGAUUUUCCGACCAGAUACAGUAGAACACAUUUUACGGCGCUCCUUGCUGCACUCGGAGAGCCAGAAUUUGUCGUGGUGGAUAUUUAAAAAGUCGAUGUAUACCUUGCAACCACAGCAACAGCAAGACAACAAUAACUUCGACCAAGCUAUUCAACAUUCUUCUUCGGUUUCUAAGCAUCAUUCUGGCCACCAGAUUACAACGCCUCUGGUCACAACAGCCCAGAUGGAAGUGCGUAAUGUGCUGCGACAUCUUUCUCCGUCCUCCUUAUUCUCCUGA